UUCAUACGUCAUGUACAUGUAACGAAACGUAUACCACUAUUGACACAAAUCCCAUCAAACAUUGCAAAACAUCUCCGCAAACAGUUCGAAAACAAGGGCGAGAUGGCGGACUCAACUCCGUUAGUGGGCCUAACAUCCAUUGAUAUUCACGAAUCCGAACCCAAAGUUUUCGACAAUCCUGAAGCAUUCGUAUCUCUUCUAUCUGAACAUGAUAUACAAACCUCUCGCGGUAAAAUACGUGUGACUCGACAGGGAAAAACAGGGAAGCCCGCCAUCGUCACGUUCCACGAUAUUGGACAGAACCACACAUCAGCAUUUCUUGGGUUUUUCAACUUCACUGAAAAUCGUCCGCUCCUUGAUAAUUUCUGCAUCUUCCAUCUUGAUGCUCCUGGCCAAGAAGACAACAGCGACGAUCUACCAGAAGAAUACAGCUACCCGACGACUGAUGAGUUGUCGGACAUGGUGGGAGAGGUGGUAGAUUUUUUCGAAAUCAAGAGAUUUAUUGGCUUCGGAAUCGGCGCUGGAGCUAAUAUCCUCUGCCGAUAUGCUCUAUGGCAUCCAACGAGAGUUGAAGCGUUAGUGCUGGUGGAAUUGGUUGCUUCUAAUGGAGGAUGGAUAGAUUGGGGAUAUCAAAAGGUAUCUCUAACAAUAAUAUUUUUAUUUCCCGCUCCUGAGAUUCACAGCAAAUUGCUUCCAUUUAGCAACUUAGUUUCGAAUCACCUGGUGUAUAUUUGCUAAGGGUCAGUAAUUAUUUAUCACACUCCCCAAUGAGCUGAUGCUGUUUUUUUGUCAAGGUAAACAAAAUUAGCUUUGAAGAAUGAAAAUAAAGAACGCUGGCGCAAUUAAGCAUUUUUUUUGUUAGCGAAGGAUCGAUCAGACUUAAGGAAAAAUUCAGCAACUAUCCCUGAUCAUGGUUUGAUUUCAUCCUUGGAUCCAUUUUUCUCUGUAGCGCCCUUGCUACAAGCUGAGAAUGUCAUCUUUCUUAAUUGUUUUUGUUAGGUAGGUGAAUUCAAAGUAAACUCAGACAGAGUGAAAAUAGGUGAAAAUGUUCCUUCAAAAAUCACCAAAACAAGGGAGAGGCAACUGAGCAAUAUAAUUUUUAGAGUCACAUGUUUAUUGAAAGGUUAGAGACAAUGAGACUGAUAUAAGCGCUCCACUGAUAAAGAAACUCAAACACUGGCUGUAGAAUGAACGAGAAAAUCAAAUACUGCAUGAAGAGUAGCCAAGUGUGGCAUGAAGAAUAGUUUUCGAUGUUAUUCUAUAACUAGCAAGUGCAUUUGUUUGCUGGUAAAUUGCAAACAGGAAACUUUUAAUAUUCAAACUAACUACUCUGCAUUGCAAAAUUCAGCUUUUAACAUGAACAGAACCAGCUGCAAUAAGUUCAAAACAUAUUUUGUCAGAAUAUCUACAUUGUAAACAAAUCAAAAUAAUUUUUCAAGGGAAGAUGACUGCAUUAUCUUUUAAUUUUUAUAAGUUAUUGUUAAGAUUUCUCUUAAUGGUUCAAAAAACAGUCAGUGAUGAAGAAAGUUAUUAACACAUGUAAAUUUGUGUCUUAUAAGGCCAUCAACACACUCCAUUCAGACAGCCAAUGAGCUUCCAGAAUUCCACACAAAGCAUGAAGUUUGAAUAUUAAUUUCAUUAAUAUUAUUUUACAAGGGUAGCAAAAGGGGUAUCUUGGGAUUUUUGGUUUUAAAAGUGAGACUUUUUCUAUUAUUUCUUUUUUGAGUUUUUUUUAAGGUUUGUUUUUGCCAUCUGGCAACUGUAAAGUUUUUGUUUAGUCACCCUUUACACCAAGUCUACAAGAGGUUAUGUCCAGCUGGAGCCAUCAUGUUCCAUGCAUUUCUGUCAUGUUUCUUUCACUGAUCAGUCAAUUGUCAAAACACCAUAUGAUAAUCAAAAUCUGCAUAAUAAGGUUAUAUUUGCUAAAUGUCCUUGCCAGAAGAUGAAAAAUCCUUUUUGGUAAUGUUUUCAUGUUUUUUUUUCAGUUAUGUGUCAGGCAGCUCCAAAACAAGGGACUUACAACGUUUGUUGAAGACUACCUUCUAUGGCACCAUUUUGGCAAAAAGACAAAAGAAGAAAACUUGGAUCUGGUCCAUGCCUUCAAGCAAAGCAUUCACUCUGCACUAUCUCCUCGCAACUUGGCUCUUUUUAUUAACUCUUACUUGCAUCGCUCAGACCUUCAAAUGCAACGCCCUGACAAGACCAGCGCCAAGAAAGUCCCUGCUCUGAAGUCCGCAGUUUUACUGAUAACAGGAGAUAACUCUCCGCACCAAGAUGACGUAGUGAAUACCAACUCCAGGCUUGAUCCAGAGAUCUCUAACUACUUCAAAGUGUCUGAGAGUGGAGGCAUGCCUUUAGAAGAACAGCCACAUAAAGUGGCAACUUCACUGAUUCUGUUUCUCCAAGGACUGGGUUACUGUAAGUUACUAAUACUAUAUGCCUUGUACAGUGAAACCCCGAUAUAUAGAGGAUAUUUCAUGGCCGCGCGGACAGACAAAGUUUCUCUUCGAGUGUUGAAAAAUAUUUCACUCGUUCGCUGCGCUCACUCGUGA